AUGCAACACCUGUCUUUCUUAUCCCUUGUAUCUUACCUACCAAGAAAACAUGACCCCAAAGUUUAUACUCACAUACCAUUAUAUAUUCCCAGGCAACUUAUAAGCAAAUCCCAUGUAAAAUAUAAACCAAUACAUAUUUUCACCAUCUCCACUAGCUAUGUACCGAACACUCAGCCACCUCAAUUGAGGCCAGAACGAAACUCACUUUUCCAUCCGGUUUUAUCGCCUAAGAUAUUCGGUCCACAAUUCACGUAUGAUCAAGUUUUCUAUUUCCAGAACAUUGAAAUCGCAGGUUCAUCACGUCCCCUUGUUCAUCACGUCGCUCCGAUCAUCAACCUAUCAAUUGCAGAAAGUCGAGUGUAUCGUUGCCGUCGUUCAUCACGUCACAUCUCGCCGGACAUAUUGUUUGUUGCUGAGCAAGUCGAGUGUAUCGCUGCCGCUAAUUCGCUGGGUAGUCGCCGUCAUAUUGAUAUUUUUUCCGUCGCCGGACAUCUUCAUAUUGCUACAGUCGCCGGACAUAUUGAUAUUGUUGUCGUCUCCGUCAGCCGCUGGUCCUCGAGAGAUAAUUUGGACAAUAUUCCGGCGAAUAACAAUUAUUCCGGAGUUAAUGUCUUCGUUACAACAAUGGAUCGUCCAGAGUCGGUUGCUAGCAACGUUUACGAAACUCCAAAUGGGACUAGGUACAGGACACCGAUUGUCCCCACCGGAUUUAAACCGUUUGUGAAAGCUAGAUUUACUACUAUUGAACAAGCAAUUGCAAUGUACGAGCAGUACGCACAGCUAGCAGGAUUUGGAACCCGUUUGGGUACUUCAAAAAAAGAAAAAAUAGGCGACGAGAUAAUUACGGUUCGGCGAUACGUUUUAUGUUCCAGGGCGAAAGCGAACAAACCUAAACAUAAAGAAAGGAACCCUGAUGUUGUAGACUCCACUUCACCAUCACGUCGUUCCAAUGUCAAAGUUACACAUGUGUAAAUAUGGAUUUUUAAUGUCAGUACUUUGUACCAUAGUUGUUAAUAUCAGUACUUUGUACCAUAGUUAUAAAUAUGGAUUUUUAACUAAA